CCUGUCCGCGACCCUUUUUUCACGACGAUCUAUUGAUUUAGACAUCGUCCUGAGCUCGCGUUUCAGUGGCGCCCGCUGCCACCCAGCCGUUUCCCCGGACACGCACUGCGCGUCUCUAAUUUGGGUCUCAGCUGCGACACACGCUUCGGCCGAUUCUCUCGCCGGCUGCGCUGUACCAACGACAACGACCCACUGUCUGGCCGCGACAGCAUUAUUACAGUCUCCACCGCUUGCUCGAUUGUCUUAGACGAACAACACUCUCUUGAAUCACGAUUUCCUUUGUGCAUGAGCGGAUCUUAUUAGAGCGUCGGUAAGCUCUUUCGCAGAGCGCACGCUCAACCCUCGUGCGGUCAGGAAUCGAAGAACUGGUUACCAGUAUCUUCGUUCCUCUGCAACUGCAUCUUCAUCAUGCCAUCCUUCUAUCCUCGACAGAACAUGCCCCGGCAACAACUACCGCUCACGCCGCCCGAGUUUGUACCCAGCUACCACUCUGGCUGCGGAGGGAUGCCCUACCAGCAAUCCGCCUACGGCGGUCAGCCCGGCAUUCGGUCGCACGAUGAUGCCUAUGAUUUUGCAGACCGCUACAACCAGCUCUCGAUCGCGAUGCCUCCCAUGUACCCGCAAUCAGGCACCUAUCUGAGCAGCGCACCGCCGAGCCUUCCGCCGCCGAGCUCAUUCUAUGAGUCCAACGGCGCGACGAUUCUCCCGCCGAUGCGACACUCCAUGGGAGACGCCGCUAUGCAGCAGCACCGCGCUCAAGAGCUCACCCAGCGCCCUGCCCAACAACCCAAAGAGGAGAAGCCUGUGGGCGGCGUGUCUGCAAAGUUGGACUACGACAUGGAAGUCAUGACGGACUUUGUCUGCGAGAUGGCCUUGGAUGUUAUCACACCCGGUCGCAUGAUGCCGCCGUCUUUCCGAAAAUGGGUCCACCAGGUACUUUGCGCAACGAGGCUACCUUCCGCAACCAUAAUUCUGAGCAUGUUCUACCUCUCUUCGAGGAUGCCCAUGCUGGCUGGUCUUCCCAAGAACGACAACCACCUGUUCCGCCUCCUUACUAUUGCCCUGGUACUAGGAAGCAAGUUUUUGGACGACAACACGUUCAUCAACCGCUCAUGGUCUGAGGUCAGCGGCAUCCCUGUCGCCGAUCUGAAUCAGUUGGAGAUGGAGUGGCUGGUGGCUAUCGAGUUCAAGUUGCACCGCGAUCCCACAGAGCACCAAGGCUGGAACACCUGGUCAAACCACUGGAAGACGUAUGAAGAGCGCGCUGCUGAGCGAGCCGGCUUGCCCAACAAGCUCAGCCCCAUUGACACCUCCGUGCAGCGACAACGCUCGAUCAACAAGCCGCUGCCGCCGCUACCGAUGCAGCAGGCCUACAACCCCCCGCCGUAUGACUACACUCCCAAGUCUGCCCAGCCGUCGUUCAACAAUGUUGCCAGCUACUCGCAGUACGACCCUUGGCGGGCAGCCAAUGAGCAUUCGCCCGCGUCUGCUCCUACGACUGGUCCCACUACCCCAGAGUACUACGGCAGCGCGGGACCUUGGGCUCCGGAAGGUUACUCGCGUCGCACCAUGUUUGGCUUCCCACCCCUGUCUCAGACAACUCCGAGCCAGCCCCAGCAGUCCAAUUAUGGCCCGCCUGCAUACACGACGCAAUACCAUCCGCCUGCCUGGAACACCCACGGCGUUAACUGUGGUUGCAUGUACUGCGCGCAGAGGCACCCGUCCUACUUCAUGGCGCCUGGCUUCGGUCCUCAGGCGGUCGCUGUUUAGCACCCAGCUGCUUCCAAUGUGUCAGCAUGGUAGGACUCAGCCACCUACCAUCUGCCAGUCUGGACCUUUCCGAGGCCUGCUUCAUAGAAGACCUACUUGCUGGCAUCACGACUUUCAAAUUGUUUCACGACUUGCUUCUUCGACCUCUACAUAUUGCUUGGCCUUUUACCCC